AUGAAUUUCUGGGUCGGUCUUCUGCCGACGGUGGCGGCCUUCACGGCCUUCACGCUCAGCAUCUUGUGUCUUUUCGCCGGUACCCAGAAGAAUUUCAUCAUCGACGCCGACAUACUAACGAUCAAUACCCCGAAUCCUAGUAGCAACAUAGGAAUAUCGGACUUUUAUUCUGUUUAUGUCAUGUCAUAUUGCGAAGGUGUCCUGGAAGAAUGCUCGUCUCCCGGCUCAAAUGUCACCAGGACUGGGCGGAAUACAACCAGUUGUUCCGACCGAAAACUUCCCUUUUGGUUCGACCCCGAAGUGGUGUUGGCAAAUGAGAUCAAAACGGGACAGAGCCUCACAGAUAUCGGAUGGCCAAGCGCCAUCAGCGCCGAUUUCGUAUACAUGGCCACCACGAGCAAGACAAUGUCGGUACUAUAUGUCUUGGGUGUGGGGGCAUCUGGUCUGUCGAUUCUGUUGAGAGUCUGGACGUCAGCGACGGGUAGAGAUCCGCAACUGUCAAAUGAGUUCACCUGUCUCUUUAUCAGCCUCCUCAAUACUGGCAGCGCUUCGACAAUUGCCAGCGUCAUGGCAACUGAAUUCGUGAAACUUAUCAACCACCAUGCUCAAGGUUCAGGCGUCAGCGCUGAUCCUGGAAGAAAAUUUCUGCAGAUGACCUGGGCCGCUGUCAUCUUAUUGUUUAUCGCGUCGUCUAGUAUUCUGACAGCAGUGAUCAUCGAUCGUUCCAAGCGUUGUCAUUGUGAUCCGCCUGAAGGCGAGGCAAAGCCCUUAUUAGAGGAAUAA